AUGGCCACAUGCACACCAGACCCGACGCUAAUGUCAACUCCUCAGGCGUCACCCGCCACUACAGCAGGACCCACGGCCACUUUGAUACCAGAUCUAACGCACAUGUCUACUCCGAGGACGUCGCCCGUCACUUCAGCAGGACCCACACCCACUUGCACACCAGACCCGAUGCCGAUAUCUACUACUCGGGCGUCGCCCGCCUUUACAGCACGACCCACGGCCACAUGCACACCAGCCCUGACGCUCAUGUCAACUCCUCAGGCGUCUCACGCCUUUACAGCAGGACCCACGGCCACUUGCACACCAGACAUGACGCUCGGGUCUACUCCUCAGGCGUCGCCUGCCACUACUGCAGGACCAACGAAAACUAGCACACUUCAGCAGGACCCACGGCCACUUGCACACCAGACCCGCCGCCAAUGUCUACUCCUCAGGCGUCAGCCCACUACAGCAAGACCCACGACUUGCACACCAGACCUUUCUUUAAUGUCCAUUCCUCAGGCGUCGCCCACCACUACAGCAGGACCUAGUGCCAUUUGCACACUGGACCUGACGCCCAUGUCUACUCCUCAGGCGUCGCCCGUCACUACAGCAUGA